AUGGCACACUUCGCAAGGGUGUCCCGCGAGACGAUUUAUGAAGCACAACCUCCGCUUCAAGUCGAUGAGAAUACCCGACUGUUGCAACAUAACAUGGUCCACCCAAAACUUCCCGCUACGGACAAGCCGACCUGGCAGCAGGAGCAGAGAUUCGGAGCGUCUAAGAACCUCGCCACAAAUCGCAAGUGGAAGAAAUUCGAUCUUCACGCCGACAUGAUAGUAGACGAUGCCCGCGGCCUGGACUCACCUGCCCGUUUGGCGCCUUCUCCCAUUCACCAAGUCGCGCCUUCCACUCCAUCACCCUCUGAAUCGAUACAUGGUACUCCACCGCCCAACGGCAAAGACUUUCAACACCAUCCUGGGCCUCGCAAAGAUUGCGGAAGCAAGACGACGAUGGUUUCUCGCUACGUUCCCCCUCAUGUGCGCAAGAAGCAGCGCAACGUCAAUCCAGCACACACAGAUUCUGCGGACCUGACUAUGGACAUGAAGGCACUGGAGUUGAAGGGUGCCGAGCCCUCACAAGCACAAUCCGCGCAGCGAAAGCUCUCGACUGUGAACAACCGGCCCAAGGCGCCGCUUUCGCCCCCUUCUUCCCCAGCAGAGCAGCAAGCGCAGACGGACGUGGCAUGGGGCUACGAGGAACCAGAUCAUGAGCCUCUGUCGCAGACGAACGCGGUGUGGGGUUACAACGAACCAAACCCAGAGCCUCCACCGCAGGCAGAUAUCAGGCGUAAGGGUCGUCACGUUUGGCCAAAAAAUCGAGACAUGAAGCCGGUAUCAGAUGAUGAGGACGAAGGCGGCGUUGAGUUCAGGUCGGACAGCAACGGUGAUCCAGACUACGAUGUAAAGAAGCUUGUAGACUGGAACGGAGACUGGAUUCCACCACCAGAAAGCUGGUCGGCUCGCCACGCCUUCACUGAUCGCCAUUUCGGACCAGGCAUCGAGAAAUGGAUCAACGGUCACGAUGCGAGCUGCACCGUGAAUCUGGCCGAUCUGCUCGCACUGCCUGAUUUCCUCGGUGUUGAGGUCGAAGGAGGCGUGGUCUCGAUCGAUGGCGUGGUGGUCGCCCAACGGAUUAUCAACAAGGAAAUAGCCCCUCGGAGCUGGAUCCCCACCAAGAUCGAGGGCGAUGCGCCGCAGUCCUUCUGGCAGGCGUUUCCUUCCCGUGCUCCUUCACCACUCAGCGACAUCGACAUUACCGAACAUCGCCCUUUUUGGGAGGAGUAUUCAAAGGACAACACUGAUAGCUUCCUCAACCCGCUCCAGCAUCCGGCUAAGUCAGAACUCGAUUUGAAUGACGAAGAGAACUGCAAGCCGGGUGCAACGAAGUCAGCAACGCAACAUGUAAGGGACGUUUCGCAGAAGAACCAAGCGCGUAAGAAAAGGCGUUUGGCAAGGCAGAACAGGGAGCGCCCGAUGCAAGAGCAGCCGCCGCGCGAUCCUGGCUAUCGCCCAACUAGCAAUGUAUACUUGCGGCCCGUCAUCGCGGCUGACGCCAAAGGUAUUCAAGAGCUCUACAACCAGUACGUUGAGCGGACGAUCAGCGCGCCGGAGUUCACGCCCCGAGCUCGCAAGGAUAUUGUAGAGCGAAUUCGCACUAUCACCGACGAAGGCCUCCCGUACAUCGUUGCUGUGCACAAAGGCCUUCAUCCCAGGGGCCCUCAAGAUUUCGUCAACGAGCGCAUUGUCGGUAUCGCGUACAUUGAUGACUUCGUCGACAGGGGCAGCACGUAUCGUUUCACAUUCGAGCUUGAAUGCUACAUCCAUCCAGACUUUGUGCGCCAGAACAUAGCCAAGUGUCUCUUUGACCGUAUUCUUGAAAUGGCCAACACUAGCUACCCCGCAAAAGGAGGCUAUCAUUGGAUCAAUUGCGGCGAGUACCUCAAGCAUGGUCUCGGCCGGGUCGUCAAGGUUAUCAACUGUAAUGUUCCUCACGAGGAAGGCGAUGACAUGGUUUGGAUGACCGAUUUUAUGAGGAAAUUCAAAUUCCGCAAGGCUGGCCACCUCUUCAAGAUGGGUUACAAGCAUGGCAAAGUCAUCGACGUCACUAUCUACCAGCACGAGACGAGCGAGAUCAUCGAUCCUAGUGUCCCUCCGGGGCAGCCUCUCUGA